AUGUCCUUUUUGAUUUUGUCACAGGACGUUCUUCUAGGAGGAGUCGACACAUCUGCAAUUACAAUGACAUGGGCAAUGACAGAACUUGCUAGAAACCCUAGAGUGAUGAAGAAAGUCCAAUCUGAAAUCAGAAACCAACUUGGGAACAACAAAUCCAUGAUCAGCAUUGAAGACACAGAAAAGCUAGAUUAUAUGAAAAUGGUGAUCAAAGAAACAUGGAGACUACAUCCUCCAGCACCUCUUCUUGUCCCAAGAGAAGUAAUAAAUGAAUUUGAGAUCAACGGCUACGUGAUCAAGCCCAAGACAAUGCUUCAGGUGAACGUUUGGGCUAUCGGGCGUGAUCCUGACACCUGGAAAGACCCUGAGGUGUUUCUACCGGAAAGGUUUCUUGAUAGUAAGAUUGAUACAAAAGGACAGAACUUUGAGUUGUUACCGUUUGGAGGUGGCAGGAGAAUCUGUCCUGCGAUUUUCAUGGGAACAACGAUGGUGGAGUUUGGUCUUGCAAAUAUGUUGUAUAACUUUGAUUGGAAGUUACCAGAAGGCAUGGUGGUUGAAGAUAUUGACGUGGAAGAAGCUCCUGGACUCACCGUGAGCAAGAAAAACGAUCUUCUACUUGUUCCUGUUAAGUACUUGGAUUGUUGA